AUGCCCGAGAGCUCCAGUCUGACGUCGUGGCUGCUGGGCGCGGCUUACACCGGUGGCGUGCUCUGCACAGGCGCUCUGUUCCUUCUGUACAUGUACCAAGAGAAGCUGCUCUACUUUCCCACGAUCCCUGGCGCUGCCAAGUUCACGAAAGACAAUCCUCCACAUUAUCGACACCCAGGCGAGUUCCACAUCGACUAUGAAGACCUAAUGAUUCCGUGCAAGGACGGCGUGAAGAUCCACGCGUGGUUGAUGAAGCAAAAGAACCACUCGAGUCGUUUCACGCUCAUCUUUUUCCAUGGCAACGCCGGCAAUAUUGGGUAUCGCCUGCCGAAUGCCGUCCAGCUGUACCGGAACGUGGGUGUGAACAUUUUGCUUGUGGACUACCGAGGAUUUGGUCAUAGUGAAGGAGAUCCAACAGAAAGAGGCAUCAAGUUCGACGCAGAGGCUGUCGUGGACGCCAUGUACGCCCGGACGGACAUUGACACGUCGAAACUCGUGGUGUUUGGCCGGUCGCUGGGUGGAGCGGUGUCGGUCUACCUCGCCGAGCGAGAACCUACAAGAGUUGCUGCCGUUAUCCUGGAGAAUACGUUCCUGAGCAUAUCCGCCAUGGUCGACGCACUGAUGCCGUUUCUGACGUACGUCAAGUUCCUGGUUCUGCGAAUGGACUGGAACAGCGAGCUGGCCAUUCAAAAGGUACAACAGCCGAUCCUCUUCAUUGCAGGAAUGCAAGAUGAGCUGGUACCUCACUCCCACAUGGAGAAGCUUCGCUCCCUCGCGACCUCAAGCAAGCAAGUCGUGUGGCAUCCCGUGGCGGAUGGCACGCACAACGAUUCGUGGCUACGUGGCGGCGACAAGUACUUUUCCAAGCUGCGGCAGUUUUUGGAUACACUGAGUGAAGACAGCACGUGUUUGGCUCGCGACGACAUGCGUGAAGACAAUGCCGAUGCUCCUCCGAUCGAAGAGAAUGCCAUUCCAACGAUGCUCCAGCAGCCACUGGUGAAUUCCGUCGCCAAGAAGACGCAGUAG